GUGAAACGCAACCGCCGACAUGCGUCAUCACAUGCCGACAAAUGCAGAAGGUGCGACCACCACUCCCAUUCUCCAACACAGCACUUGCGCCUAAACCUCACCCAUGAUCUGAGUAACCUGGAGGGCUCCAUGGCCCCCUACACCUGCCAUGCAACCCACUCUCUCCGCUCCACGAGGCCAACAUCCCGUUCAGCACAGCAACUGCUACGACCCUGUGUAUGCCGCUCCUCCCCCAGAAGAAGAGCCACCACCCUCAUAUGACGCCGCGACCUACUCCCCGACCUCGCCCCUCCUCGUAGGACCUCCCCCCGACUAUGGCGCCAUUAGAGCCUACCUCGACCCGGACGAGUCCUCGGAGGCCAGCAGCGAGGUCGACGAGACCGAGCAAUACUUUCCAGAACGCUUAGGCCAGGCUUUCUCUGUCUUAAUGCUCGUGGGCAUUUUGUGCAUCUUUUGGAGCAUUAUAAAUCAGCCUGAUCCAGACAACUCCAUGCACAGCUACAUGUGACCACUCGCGCGACGCUUCAAGUGGACUCACAGCAUCUCAUCUACGAAUGCCGGAGUCGGAACUUAGCGGAUAAAUUCGAAGGGAAAUGGAUGGUCGUGUUUUCGUGCAUUACGCCAGCUACUGCAAGUGCAGCUAUAUCAGAACCCAGCUUUUGAUGCGCCA